GGCGGGUGGCAGGCCUCCACGUGAAGGCCGGGACGGGGCAGGCCCGGGGGGCACCCUGCCACCGGCCCACCGAGUGACUGAGUGACACAGAAUUGGAGAACCCAGAGGAGUCCAAGGAAAAGGUUGAAGUUGUUGGAUGUCCAUUCCUAAGCAUUAGGGGAUGAUCACCAAGGCCAAUAACUUGGGUAUUCACGAGAGGAUUCCGGAGACAAAGAAAAAUAAGGCGAAAGCCGAUGAAAGCCAAAGCGUGAUUGUGCUAGAGGAUGAUUUGAGGACAGGGGUCUCCGAGGAAAACAGCAGUUGGGCCGGGAAGAACCGGGUGGCCCUGGACGGGGUCCCUCAGUUGCUCAGCGUGAAAAAGCAAAAGAAGAAAGCUAAAGCGGCAGACUCUCAAACCAUGAUAGUUAUUGACGGGGACUCGGAGCCCACGACGCCUCAGAGACCUAAGUCUGAGGGAGAGAACCGUGUCUCCGAGGACAAGCCCCCCGGACAAGCCGUGACCUCCAGAGAGGAGAAGAAGAAGAAGAAAAAGAAGAAAAAGAAGAAGAGGAAGGGGCUGGUGGACGAGAGAGAAACAGAUCUGCCCAACCCUGUGGCAUGGGCAGAAACCAGCCACGGGGCCCAGUCGGGGGAGGAGGUGGACAAGAAAUCCCAACGGCGAAAGAAAAAGAAUAAGAAGCAAGGCAAGGACACUGUCUUCCCAGCCGGUGACCCCCAGGCCGGGCUCGCCAAGGAACCUGGGCCGGACCCAGGAGAGGGUGAAGGUGACAGGCCUGAUGCCGGCGGCCAGGCCCGCAGGGGCCUGAAGAGGACGCCCAGCCAACUCGGGGAGCCUGAGGACGGAGAGCCGGUCCCCAAGAAGAAGAAAAAGAAGAAGAAAAGGACCACCCAGCACAAGGAAGAGACGGAAGGAGCAGCGGGGGACCGGGACAGUCUGGAGGCGGCGCCCCAACACGGAGAGGAUUGCCAGAGGAAAGGUGGCAAGAAGAAGAACAAGAAGAAGAAGAAGAAGAAGGCCAAGCUGACGCUGGUGGGCGGCAGGCUGGUGGAGGCUGCCGCCGAGCAGCCCAACAGGGAGGGGAAGAAACAGAAGAAGAGGCCGGUGAUGGAGUGCCCCUCGGAGGAACCCGCUCAGAAACAGAGGAUGAAUGAAAAAGCAGCCUUAGAACCACAAGGCCCGGAAACGGAACAAGACAAAGACUUGGAAGUGAUAGCUGUAAAGGAAGGGAAUGUGGACGAAACAAAUAUAGACAAGGCCCGACUGCAGCCCCUGGGUGAUUUCAGAUGCCCUGACGAUAGACCUCGUGCCAUAUGGGGAGAUGGGCCCACGCGGUUCCAGGAUGAUAAGCUGGUGAUCCAAGGCGUGGGGGCCCGCGGGGCGGUCAGCCUGCCCCAGGUCCGGCGGAAAGCCCUGCAGGAAGAAAUCGAUAGAGAAUCUGGGAAGACCGAGGCCUUCGUCGCAGCGGAAGUGGAACCCGCUACACGCUUUGGCCAGUGGGAUACGGCAGCUUUUGACAAUGCAGACCAGAAAAUGAAAUUCCUAAGACUGAUGGGAGGUUUCAAGAAGUCUUCCCCUUCGCUCAGCCACCCCCCAGCAACAACGGCAGCAGCAGCAGCAGCGGGGAAGCCAAACAUGGCCCUCAACAAGAAGGGAGCAGAGUCCUUACGGCAGAACCUGCAGAUGCAGUUUGACAAAGCACUGAGCUGGAAGCAGAGCCGCGGGAUGGGACUGGGCUUCUCGUCGGCUGCAAAGAAAACCUUUUUUAUCGACAAAAGUGCAUCCAAGUCAGUAAAAUUUGAGUAUUAAACAGGAAUGUCUUGUCUGAAAAUAGCCAAAGUGGUUUGACUUCUAUAAUCUAUGGACUAAAGUCAGUGGAGUUUAUUUUUUUCUUUUUUAAUUAACAGGUGUCAAUAAAUUGAUUUGAUUGUGAAAUAGAUUUAGUGGGUUCGGAGGGGGUGCCUCUUUUGGAGAAAAUGUGCUAUUCUGAAAUCACUCUUUACCCUGAGCACUUGGUGUGAGUAGGGGCCAGCUGUGGUCUUAUGUUGUGUGGCCUUUACUCCUGUUUAAGGACAUUAGAGGAACCAGCCACAAAAAAGGGUGGGGGGAGAGGGCGGUCUGACCAUCAGCCAAAAGGAGCACGUCCUAAUGCGAGUAUUCUCUGAAAGGGCAGAGGACAGAAAUAUUGUGGGCCAAGAUGGAACCUUUCCAUUAUUAUUGAUGGAGUUUCCAGUGAAACAAUUGUAUUUAUUUUUCUUUCUGGCAGCUGGAAGGGUUAUAAUGAGCAGAUUCUGAGGAGGCUUACAAAGUACACGAGAUUGUUUUCUCCCCAGGGUUCAGUCCACCAACAUAUCUAAAAGCAAUCUGUUUUUCAGCCGCCCCGCUUUGAUACGGGUAGGGGCUACUAGUUCGGAGACGACCGAAGUCAAACUCUGAUGAUUUGGUCUUCCAGUUUUGCCCAGCUCCAAACGGAGAAGGUAGUUGGUGUUUCAGACCUUUCCUGUGCUUUCAUGUACUUCUUAGGAAUAGCAAGGUUCGAGAUCCAUAACGCGCACCCUCCCAAAUUGAGUCCCUCCCAGGGAGGGAGGCAUUUCCGGGCCACGCAAAACAAAUGACCCAGUUCGACCCAUUCCUAUUCAGACUUUCUCAGGGCGACUAGUGAUGUAAUAGAGGCCGUCCGGGAAUUUUAGGUUGGCUUCUAGUCUUUGAUGUUGCAGUGCACCUCAGUUAUCUCGGCCAGACUACAGAGCCACCAAAAGAAAACUCUAAAUUCAAUCCAUCAGCUGCAUUUUCUGAGCGCUUACUGUGUGCAGAGCACUGUACUAAGCACUUGUUCAGUAUAACAGAAUUGGCAGGCGUGUUCCCUGCCCACAACGAGCUCCAUUAUAUACUCACCCUCCCCAACUACCCCCCUCCCGUCUCUCGUUGACCACCACGUCCUGGGCAAGCCACUUGAGCUCCAAUGACUAGAUCUUUGCAAGUGAUUUUUAAAAGUAUUGGAAAAGAUCACACCCUCUUCCAUCAACCAACUUGCCAGCUCCCAUCGUGUACAUAGAGUAUAUAAGAAUAUAAUAAGUUUCUGCAUUUUGUACAUAACAUCUAUUUUCAAAGUGGGAGAUUUUAUUAUGGGAUUGGGGGUGUUUCUAAAAAUCCCAAUAGCUCAGGGAAAUGCUAGUUUUAUUAUAUUGUAUAGAAAACCCGCCUCUGCGUUCCCCACACAUCUCUAGAAGCUGGAUCGAACCUCACUGCUCUCUUUUUUUUUUUUUUUAAAUGAAACAGACAUGUAAAGUGAUGGAAGUGUAGUAUCUCAUACAAAAUAAAUUUGGAAUAUUU